AUGUCCAAUCAGCCGAACCAGACGCAAACAACGAAUAACCCUUCCCGCCGCCAAGCACUCAACGCUUGCGAAGCUUGUCGAAAAAGGAAGACCAAAUGUGACGAGAGGAAACCCGCUUGUGCUCGAUGCACGCGGUUGGGUCUUGAAUGCAUGUAUAUUGAGACUGUUGCGGCCAAGAAGAACCUAUCGAUUGAGGAACUAACGGGUACCCUGAAACGCAUGGACGAGAAACUCGAUGUCCUCACAGCUCUCGCUCAACAAAAUGAUGGUCAUCAUCAAGCGCAUACGACUGGCCUGGCCUCAAGUCCUGGAAACAGCCAGUUUGCUGCUUUCAGUCCCUUAAACCUCGGCAGUACUGGAAUAGUUCAAAAUGCUUCAACCCCAUUUCUCGACACAGGUCGAGUGUUGGAAGAGCUCUCACUAUCCCAACGACACUCUACCGCGCCGCAGCAUCUUCUGACUUGGCCUUGCUCGACUCUUUCAAUGAGCGAGCCGGACCUACAGUACCCGAUGGAGUUGGAGAUAAAACGACCGAGGUUAUCUCGCUCGACAGCACCACCUCGUUGCCUUGUAGCUGGAACACCAGCUGGAGAUGACUCUUGGUUAUCACGCCUGUCAUUAUCUCAGGUCAGCUUACUAACGCAAUCAUACUUUCAGCACUUCCAUCCGUCAUGCCUCAUCCUGAACGAGUCUUUGUUUUAUACACAGGUUCUGAGCAACGCCGUUCAGACCAACUUUGCGCCCAACUACAGCUCAUGCACGGUUCUGCUUGUCUGCAGCUUAGGGUCCAUAGUCGCUCACUACUCCGGACACGAAGAGUGGUCAUCAGGAAAUGAGCAAGAUAUUGGCCUCGGUUUCUUUAAUCUGGCGAACGGCAUGUUCCGUGAUUUAGAGGGAGGUGAUUGGGAGAGCGUCCAGUGCCUGCUUCUGAUGGGUCUCUUCUAUUCUGCUAAACUCAGGGUCUAUGAUGCCUGGCAAGUCAACCAUAAAGCUUGUUGCACCGUCUCAAUACUCGUGCCACUGCAGCGGACACUAGAGGCGCAGCAUUGUCAGCUUUUCUGGAUCGCAUAUCUACAGGAGAGUCAAAUUCUGGCCGAGUUCGACUUUCCAGCCAGCGGACUCGGCAAACUCGCCAGCAGCAUGCCUCUACCCGUCAUCCCCGGAGCAGGCACAGAUCCUCGCCAUGCGCAGUAUCAGUUCUUCUUUUUAGCCCUCAUCUCCAUGAGAAAAUUGCUCAACCGUAUCUUGUUCCACCUCUAUAGCCGAGAGCACAUAGAAGACACUACGAGUGGAGAACAGGCACACAUCGAAAAGUCCGCCGCGUUUCUAUCAGUCUCCCCAUCCGUGAUAUUCGAGCUAGACCGCCAGCUUGAAGAAUGGAGAACUUGUCUGCCCCAGGGCCUGGAGUUCUCAAGCUACUCAGAGGCACAGCUUGCAGAAAUCCCUGGACUUGACCAGACGCAUCGCUCGACGGAUGAGAGACUACGUGGUCAACUACAGGCUCGCUACUUCGCUGCAAAGUCCAUCAUUCAUCGACCAUUCAUCUACAAAGCUUUACACCGCGAUCAUACAGCGCCUCUUACCGACGCUGACGCCGCAGGCGCACGCAUAGCAGUUGGCAGUGCAUUGAUGUCCGUGGUAGUAAGUGGGAUCUUACAGGAGCCAUUGGCCUUGUUGCUUCAUCCCAUCAAUUCUUGUCGAAGGUAA